UGGCUCUGUCUCUACUGCUGCUAUAGGGAAAGCAGAGCAGACCUGUCUGCCUGCUCCAGGGGUGGGGGUGACACAACAGUCAUCUCCUAUACUGCCAGCAUCCCAUUCAUGCAAUUGCAGUGAGGCAGGGAGGCUGCAGGGAGAGAGAGGGUUGCAUUGUGUGAGAUGGGGGGAGAGUGGGAUAGCGCAUGUCUCAUCUCUCAGUGCAGCCACUAGACCUCCCUCCACCACCAACUCCACCAUCUUUGCAUGUGCAAACCUCUCCAGCCGGACACCAGCUCUCCCGGGGCUAUGGAGACUGCGGGAAACCUCAUGCCCAGGAUGGAUUGCUAGACUGGCAGCGCCUGGCUUCCUUUCUCUGGUUGUGGCUUCAGCCUCGAUGCUUUCCAGCAGCAUCUAGAGAGAGAGAGAGAGAAAGAGAGAAAAUGCGGAUUAUUGGGCAGGAGAUUGUGGUUUUAUUCUCUGGAUUGUGGAGCAUUGCGAUGGGGGCCUUUCCUAGCAGCGUGCAAAUAGGUGGGCUUUUCAUUCGAAACACCGAUCAGGAAUAUACUGCUUUUCGAUUAGCAAUUUUUCUCCAUAACACCAGCCCCAACGAAUCUGAAGCACUUUUUAAUUUGAUUCCUCAUGUAGACAACAUAGAAACGGCUAACAGUUUUGCUGUAACGAAUGCCUUUUGCUCUCAGUAUUCCAGAGGGGUGUUCGCCAUCUUUGGACUGUAUGACAAGAGAUCAGUACACACCCUGACCUCAUUCUGCAGUGCUCUCCACAUCUCCCUCAUCACACCCAGCUUCCCAACAGAAGGUGAAAGCCAGUUUGUGCUGCAGCUCAGACCAUCAUUACGGGGCGCACUUUUAAGUUUGCUGGAUCACUAUGGCUGGAAUCAUUAUGUAUUUCUUUAUGACACUGACAGGGGAUACUCCAUACUUCAGGCAAUCAUGGAAAAGGCUGGCCAAAAUGGAUGGCAAGUUAGUGCGAUAUGCGUGGAAAACUUCAAUGACGCCAGCUACCGACGUCUUUUAGAAGACCUGGAUCGAAGACAAGAAAAUAAGUUUGUAAUAGAUUGCGAAGUUGAAAGACUUCAGAAUAUCUUGGAGCAGAUUGUGAGUGUUGGGAAACAUGUGAAAGGCUAUCAUUACAUUAUUGCAAACCUGGGAGUGAAGGACCUUUCGCUUGACAGGUUUAUGCACGGUGGGGCCAAUGUUACAGGAUUCCAGCUGGUGGAUUUCAAUACUCCGAUAGUAACUGAAUUAAUGCAGCGGUGGAAGACACUGGACCAGAGGGAAUACCCAGGAUCAGAAACCCCCCCAAAGUAUACCUCUGCACUGACUUAUGAUGGCGUCCUUGUGAUGGCUGAAGCAUUCCGGAAUAUGCGAAGACAAAAAAUUGAUCUUUCAAGAAGAGGAAACGCAGGCGAUUGUCUUGCUAAUCCAGCUGCUCCUUGGGGUCAGGGAAUUGAUAUGGAGAGAACACUUAAACAGGUUCGGAUACAGGGUUUAACAGGGAAUGUACAAUUUGACCAUUAUGGCCGAAGGGUGAACUACACAAUGGAUGUCUUGGAACUGAAAAGCACAGGCCUCAGAAAGAUUGGCUACUGGAAUGAUAUGGAUAAACUGGUGCUCCUCCAACAUGAGCCUUCCUUAAAAAAUGACUCAUCAGCCAUUGAAAACCGAACAGUUGUCGUAACGACAAUUCUGCCUCUGAUGAAGAAUCCUAUUUUAAGAAAUUGAACAAGAAAGAACAGAUUUUCAAGAUCCAGCGACCAUUCCUUGCUUUGGCUCAAGUAUAAAUCACCAUUAUAGUCCAAAUAGUAGAAUCUUUAUUUUAUACUUUUUUCCUUAAAUCUGUAAUGUGGGUUAAUAUUCUCCUGGUUUGAAAAUCCUCCUUUUAUUAAUCCAAAAAAAAAGCCAUGAGACCAGAUUUAAGUAGUACAGUAUAGUACUGAAAGAGUACACAUAUUCCCUAAAGUUAUUAAAUAAAAAAUAGAUUUGAAAGCUGAAGGCUUUCUUUAACGUCCCUAUCUUCUGUGUUAAAAAUAAAGCUUUUAUGCAUGACUAGUACAUAGUUUUAAAACUGCUGCUCAUUUCAAGCAUAAUAGAUGAAUAAGAAAUACACAACAUUAUAUAACAAUUUUGUUCUGUAUAAACAUAUUUUGAUAUCACAAUUAAGUUAAAUUAUAAAAAAAAGUCAUAAACAUUUUUGACCUACCAAAUUACAGUAUUUGAUGCAUUUUAUUAUAUAGUGACUGUGGCCUGCUGACAAAUUCUGAUUUCACUUGUGAUUCUGAAGUCUACAAUAAGUGCAGUAACACAUGUAUGAUAACUACAUGUUUAUUAUGCUUUGCAUUUUCGUAGUAGUACAGUAUAAUAUGUUUGUAAUCUGCUUAUGCCUAAUGCUUGCUUGCUCCUAUAUAUUUUCACACCAUUUAUUCAGUCACGUUAGACUCAAGUGUUGUUUACAAUAGCAUGCAAUAUUUCCGGAUUGUACUCUGUGUUACUUAUAGCUUCCAAUAAUGUACUGUGCAGAAAUCUAUAUGUUUUAAAGGAUAUUACAAGGGCAGGUUGUAUUUCUCACUGACCUUGGUUUUUUGAAUUAUGAUUUGGACUGCAAUGUGGAAAUUAUGCUUUUGGUAAAAUUGGUAAGACGUUGUCCACUGCAUUGAUGAAAUGUUUUAAAACUUAAUGGAAAUUCACUGAUAAAGUAAGGGAGUAAUGAGAGCGACAUCUGCGGAGCUAGGGGCAAAACCACUCUGAAUAUAUCUGCUGGAAUUCAGUUCCAUUGUGAACUGCAGAUGACCUCGAAUUAAUGGGCUAACAUACCAACAAAUAAAGGCUCCCAACCAGAAUUACAGCUGGGGACCGUUGGCUCCUUACCCACCCCAAAUCCCCAGGGCCUACUGUGGGAAACCAUUCUUCCCUUGUUUUUUCUCAUAGUCCCAAGUGAAAAUUGAGUCUGUUUAACCAUGUAAUGACAGGUGUGAGCAGUAGGGCCAAUCAGAAGCAACAUUCAAGGUCAUGACAAUAUGUGAUUGGUCCUCCUGUUUACACCCCUUUUAUGGCAAUUUAAAUAGUAAUUCAACUUUUAUUAUAUGUAUCAAUUGAUUUUUAUAUAGAUCUCAGUCACGUUUUUUCUUCACUAUCAAGUUACAGUCUUAUUAUCUAGAUGCUUUGGUACCUAGGACAGGGAGAGGUAAAGUGAUUGGUCCAAUGAUACAAGUUUCUGACACUGGAUGUUUUUCCAGGAUAUUCUGUGCCAAUCGGUGUCUGAGCUAUGACUUCCCCCAAAAGAAUAUGUUUUGAAAAAUAAGUGAAUAUGUAUUUGUCAAAAGUAUUUGAAAUCAAGCCAAUGUAGAGAAGAUCUCAAAAGAAAUUUGUAGACUAUCGACAUUUACAUGGCUAAAGAGGAACAUGCUGAAAUUCUAUAUGGUGCGUGCACCUGUGUAGCAGUAAAAUAUGCUUAUUAUCUUAACUAUAUAUAUAUAUAUAUAUAUAUAUAUAUAUAUAUAUAUAUAUAUUGGCUGAGAGAGGGCAGUGUUUGGCAAGUACAGUAUCUAGCAGACUAAUAGGCCAUAUAGCAGUUAAUAGUACAGAAAGGAAACCAAUAAGUGAAGGUUCCAGGAAAUACAAAGUGAUAAGAAAAUAUGGACACAACUGUGAUUCUGCUAAAAAGACUUUUUAACAUAAAUAAAUAACAAUGGGGGCUGAUAAUGAAAACAGUUUUUCUGGUAACUGUGCAGUCAAUGUGGUGUUUCCUAUAGCAACCAAUCAGUCUCUUCCUUAUUUAUUAUCAUUUCUGUAUAUAGCAUCACGGGUGCAGUACGGCUGACCGGCGGUCUCCUGACCGCCGGUCAGCUUACCGACGCCGGGAUCCCGGCAGCAUACCGACGCCGGGAUCCCGGCGGGGAGGGGCGAGUGCAGCAAGCCCCUUGCGGGCUCGCUGCGCUCGCCACGCUGCGGGCUCGGUGGCGACCUGCGGUCGCCACGAGUUCUAUUCCCACUCUAUGGGUGUCGUGGACACCCACGAGUGGAAAUAGUCCCUGUUGGUCGGCAUGCCGACCAUCGUGACAGUGACCCGUCGGGCUGGUGGAGGAGGUCAUGUGACUGUCGGUCAGCUGACCGGCGGUCACAUGAAUACCACCCAGCAUCACAUAUCAUGCAGCGCUCUAGAGAGAACACUGCACCAUUCACAUCAGUACUUGCCCCAGUGAAGGUCACAAUAUUGAUUACGUUUGUGUACACACACACACACACACACACACACACACACACACACACACACACGGAGAACAUACAAACUCCACACUUUUGUUAUCUAAACCGUUUGGUUUCUGUUGGUAUCUCCUCCUUUUCUGCAAAUUUACUUACUAGGACAGAUUUCUUAAAUGUCCUCCAAUAUACUUCUACAUAUAAUUUAUUUGCUUCUUACAUCCCGGAACUAGUUGCACUCAAAUGGAUUUAGUCGAAAUAUACUGUGUGUGUAUAAUAUAUCAUUUCAUUAUAUGUAAUGGUGGUCUUUUGAAACCUUCAGAUGCUUAGUAGAUAUUUGCUGAUGUGUAAAUGUUUGGUAAUAAUCUGUUUUGCAUCAUCGUUCUGUAACAGAUGAAUUUACAUGAAUAAAUCAUUGUGAAUUUGCUUAUUAUGAAUUGUUGUACACUAUGAAUUGUUGUACACGUGGCUAAGCCCAAAGCGAACCAGUGUUAUUGCAUUGAUUAAAGGUCCCAUAUUUUGUAUCAUUUGGUUUGUACCAUAAUAAAUCUUAACCUUUAAAAACAAAUCAAACCAUGUUUUCUAUUUUUCGACAUGUUCCUGAAACUACACUGCAGAUUUGUACUCACUGUGCUUGAUAAGGUAAAUCAUAUGUUUUAUGUAAAGUUGAUGAAUGUUACUCUUGGAAGUGUACAAAUGUUUUUGUAUCACUUACGUUUAAUUAUGUUAUGGUCUUAGUUUAUAUUGGU